AUGGAAGCAGGUAAUAACGGCACAGAACAGCCUGUGGAAGUGCCUGUGAACACAAGCAAUGAUUCCGAAGAAAAUUCGGGUCACUCGUGCCGAGCCAAAAGUUCAGCGACUCAAGAAAAAGAUGUCUGUUCAUCACAGCGUAAUGCAAGCAGGUUCUUCAUUUUCGUGACCGCACUUCGGCUUGUACUGUGGUUCUUCCAUCGUCUUCUCAGAACACGAGGAGCCUCAUGUCAGCCGAUUAGCUGUAAAAGCCUCCAAAACGCUGGCUUUCUUCAUUCCUCCUCGGAAAAAGACUCCAUCAUGCGACCUGACGGUAGUCCCUCGAGACUCGUCAAAGGGACUGCGAACGGCUUCAAGAAAUUCAAGCCUGCAAUGGCAACUCUGCUGCCCCUGUUGCUUUUCUUGGUGGCGUCCACCCACGCCAGCGAGUUCCCUGACAGAGAGUGUUGCGACAGUGUUCCUCCUCCGGCACCUAACUACCACAGCGUCACCUCAACCACCACUACCACCACCGCUCCCUUUCAUCACUUCAGGAUCAAUUCAUCGCUUGGUAGCCAGCUGGGAAGCCAGCCCAUCGACGGCGUAAUGAGCUGCCUUGAAGCCCGACAGCAAUGCUACAACGACCCACGCUGUGGCAACCUCCUCAAGCUUCAGCACAAGAUCUGUGGCCCGGAGCUCGCCACGCCGGUCAAGUGCCAGAGACUGCUGAGGUCCCUGCAGAGCUUCAGUUUCUUCAUGCGAUGUCAGUGCGCGGAGACUCACAUCGACUACACGUGCUAUACCUUCCGCCAGACCAUCUUUGAAAAUCCAUGCUUGCUCAUUAAUUUCACCUCUUCCGGCACCGCCUUAUCCAGAAGCAGAGGAGACUUGGACGCCAAGCGAAUAUUGCCGAUGUGUGACGAUGCGCGGAACGAAUGCAACUCGGAUACACAAACUUGCUUCAAGAAUCUCAUGAACUUCAAGAUCCAGUGCAAGAUGUCCGCAGGCUCGUGUAACCGUGAGGAGUGCUACGAAGCAUGGACCAAGAUUCGCCAGUCGCCGGUGUUCGGGUGCACGUGUGUGGAUGAGCCCCAGACGCUGCACUCGGUCUCCCAGUACGGUUCCCUGGCCCGCCAAGCCCCCGAACAAAUACGACGCACCGCCAUCUACGAACUCAACCAAGAGUCGCACCACGAGGACAACUGCAUGGAGGUCUACGAACUCACCCAUAACAACCCAUGUCUCCGUCGCGACAAGGUGACGACUGCGUCAGUGGAGACGAAGCAAGAGCUGUGUCAUCACUCACUGAACGCGUGUCAGCGUGAUGCAGAAUGCGCACCUCUGCUGUCUAAGGUGAUGAUGUGGUGUGAACACUCACACUGCGAGCCUGACCGAUGCAGGGGCGCUCUGCAGAACUUCUAUCAGAGCGUGCACAUCCAGAGACGUCUCGAGGUGGCCUUCUGUGUCUGCAGGAAGAGCGACAACGAUGGCCAGUGCUUGACUGCGAUGCGUAAGCUGCACCCGAGCUGCGCUGAGCGUCACACUGGCACCGACCCUCAGCAGUGCCAUGAGAUUGCCAAGCAGUGUCGCACCAGUGACACUUGCAGGCAUAAACUUGAGACGUACGAACGGGACUGCGCAGUGGACGCUAUCACAGGCCAGUGUGCGGGAUCUCUCCGCGACUGCCAACACGCCGUCAUCAAAAUCCUCGGCACGGAACUUCAUGCUUCGUGUGUCUGUAAAGGCACCGACUUUCUGCAGCAGCAACAAGACUGCGACUCUUGGCAUAAACUUCUUUGGUCCAACCCGUGUGUCAUCGAGUCUCAUCUGAAGUUGAGGGAGGAGAUCAGAAAUGGAGAAGACUUGGACGAAGUGUUCACGCGUGCUCCACAGACCACGUCCACUCCUUACUCCACGUCCACCUCCACCAUGGCCGCCGAGAUGGACAGCGGCUACGUUGAAAAUGGCUACAUGUACCCUGGAGGCCCGGAUCCAAUGGGCAUGGACCCAUAUCGAGGCCGAGGAGUUGGAGUCGUGGGGAAUCGGAACCGAGCUCCGGGAUUAGACAUGUCCCCGGCUGGAAGGCUCCCGGGAGGCGGGACCGUAGUUGGUGUCGGCGGUAGCAGCGGAGGCUACAGGCACGUCGGUCCCGGUCAGAUUUUUGGACGUACAGGAACAGGAGGCCUCAUCGUUCCUCCAGCCGAUGGGAAGCCUUUGGGAAACCAUGGACCUUCCCGCAGGGAACACGGCCGUCGACAGAAUGGUAUUUUGAAGCCCGGGGCUGACAUUGCAGGAGACCCACGACGCAUGAACCCUUCUCUUGGAGCAAUCGACACCGCACCCAAUGUGCCCAUCUACGACCGACUUAAUGGCAACGGUGGCGACGACCUCCUGGGACCUGGCGGCAACCUGUCAGAUUUGGCCCAAGUGGAAAGCUGCUACAUGGAAGAAGAUGGGGGUAAACCUGGCAAGACCUUCGUAAUUCCUGUCAACACAUCCCGAAGAUGGCCGGUCGGCUGCAACACGACCUCGGCGGUGUACCACCACAAGGCUCCCUACAUUCAAGCAUUCAGAGGCAAUUGCGUCUGCUAUUCUGGAAAAUUCAUCUGCCAGCGACCCGCCCCAGACCAGUUCAAGCCCGGCCUGGGAGUGUACCUCUUCUUGGGGUACAGUCGAGACGAAAUGGACAUCCUGAAACCAUACACUUUAUUGAAUGAGCUAGAGGCGAUACACGAGAUCGAGAAACUCCUCAAAAGGAAGUAUGGCUUUAAGUGCAAACUGACCCUGAAGAAACAGAUCGACCAGAACCUGAUCCUGAUGCCAGAACUGGAGGACGAUGAUCAGGAAGAAUAUUCCGACUCCUACCAGAAGCACCGACGAGAACUGGACGAAUGCACGCGGCCGCUAGAGGAGCUCGCUAAGUGGAUCAACGAGCAGCCACGCAACGACAACCUGCACCCAGAAGCCUACUUGUCGAUGUUCAUCCUGGCCGAAGUCCACGUUAAUAUAUCAGAGGCGCAUGCCUCGGGUCUGUCCUUCACUGUCCGCAUGGCGGCCAUGACAGGUGCCAUUAUCACCGCCAUCGCAACCGUGCCAGUCUCUGCCAGUCUUUACUGGUCAUGGGCUGUGUCGCACGCUGACGCCGGCUUCUUCAUGUGAAGACUUGAUGUGACGCGCGGCAUUUACGGCUGGUCUUAUCUAAAUCGCAGGCUAUAUUAGCUCGUCACGCAGUCUUUUUCGUUUGGAAAUCGGAUGCAUUCGCAUUUGCUGUUUCAUAAAAUCUGCUAUGAAUUGCACUUAACUGAUUUAAUUUUGAAUUCAAAAUGAAAUCUAACAUGGCUUUUUUGCGUGAUAGCAUCUCUUUACUGAUUGGAAAAAAUUCUCUUGGC